AUGGAAUUGAGUUCCGCAUUGGUUUCUUCUGAAUCAGUAGUAAUGAAGCCUCCAUUGCAUGAGAUUGACGAUGGUAUUGAUGAAAACGAUGAAACGAUUCGUCUAGUUGUAUCUGCACUUCUUUCACUUGGUGGAAAUCCCACAGAUAGUCAGACCAUCACAAUGCCUUCUCCGCCAAAAGUGAAGAACAAGAAAAGAAAACUCGAGUUGUCGCCGUUCGAAAAGAUGAUGAGGAAGAGGAAGAGGGCUAGUGCUGCAGCUGCGGAAAUUAUCGAUAGUAAGGAUGCCCAAUUGCCGACUUGGAUGAUCGAUAAGAUUCAAGAGAUGGGAGGGUCGGAUGUGGCAGUCGUGUUUCAAAGAGAACUAUAUGAUAGCGAUGUUAAAAAAACUAACAAUCGGUUAUCAAUGCCGCUAAGUAAAAUUAAAAACUUCUUGUCAGAAGCGGAGCGAAAAUGGUUGGAUGAAACAACACCAACAAUGGAGGAAAAAAAGAGGAAGAAUAAGAAGAAGAGGAAGAGGAAGCUUCUUAAUAGUCUUGCGGUGAAGAUGAUUGAUACUAAUGGGAAUAUUGUGGAAGAAGAGAUGAAUGUAAGGAAGUGGACGAUGGGACGCAACAACGAGACUGUUAUAUAUAAUCUUGUGACCGGUUGGAAUCAUUUGGUCAAAAGUAAUGAUCUCAAAGAAGGUAUGAAGGUGCAACUCUGGAGUUUCCGUGUCUUGUCUCAGCUUUGGUUCGCUCUAGUUCGUGUUGAGUAA